GCUUUUCAUCUCAUUCUGGCCAGCUCAGCAUCCUGAACACAAGUUCUGUUGGCUGAACUGACAAUGCAGAGGUCUUCGGGUACACGGGAACUACGUAAGGCCUUGUCUGUUUUGAGUGCCUCCAAGAAGCAGCAGAGUACACAGAUAAAGAGACGCCUGAUUCAAAGACAGAGAAGGAUUAUGGCUACUGCCCCUAAAUCACACAUGAAUGUCAAGAAAUUGACUGUGGAAGAAGGAGUUCUCACUGGAAAGAACACUGUGCAUCAGCUCCAGGCGCAGGUUGAUACAGCAACCCAGGAGGAGAGCCCUCAAGGGCCUGUGCUUCUGAGUCAGCCUCCAGAACCAACUUCUUUGCCAUAUACUUCAGAGACCAUGGGUCAACAACUGACGGUUUCCCUUUCUGGGGAGCCCUAUGGGUCCUCUGCCCUGCCAAGCAUGUGCCCAAGCCUGAUUCUUCAGCCCUGUGCCACCGCUGACCCUAUGCUCCUGCAGCCACAGGGCCCCAGUGCCUCCAACCAGGCUUCGGUUUCUGCUACUUUGGAGUGGCAGGAGAUGCUGGAGGCUGCGGAAGCUCUGCUGGCUCUGAAAAAUUCUUCACAGACACGUCACCAGCCCUGUGGCAUUCCAGGUCCUGCUGGAGAGAGGGGACUGCAGCUGGCCAGCCCCUCUAUGUCACCCCGGCCUGCCAGCUCUGGUUCACUGCCUUCUGGACAUCUGGAUUGCAUGUCCCUCUUGACCUAAGAACCCAGACUGUGAGGCCUUGCUACAGCACUGCCUGUUUGAUUCCUGUUUCUGAACUUGCAAAAUGGCUCCUGUCCAAAGUGCUUAAUGUGUUUUUUAAGCAUUCAGGUAUUUUAUAAGCUUUCAGAUCCUUUUUAUGAUGUAGGGCAAUUACUUGGCUUUCCUAUGUUCUUUAUCCCCACCCCUUAUUUCUUUGGAAGCUGGGGGCUUUUUAUGUGUCUUAUAAAAUGCUUUGUGCAAUCUAAUAUGAUCAAUCAAUUUAUCAGUGGGGUUCUGAGUGGUACCAAAUGCCAGUGUUUUCCUUUGUGUGCACUCGCACAUUUAUCUGUGCACUACUGUACUUACUUACAUAUGUAUGUGGAAACAUGAGGAUUUUCACAAUGCAUCUAGAUUUGUGUGUUACCAAAAAUAAAUAAUUUUAUAAGGCA